UUCAUGUGAGAAUUGUUUUUCUUCCCCAAGUGAGAUCUUUUUCCGUAGUGCUGUGAAAGAUCCACGGGAGGGAACAAAUUCGGAUGCGGAGUUAGCGAAAAGGGUGCCAUUGCAUAUUUCACUCGGUGUGAAAAGUUGCACAGUGUCACGCAGUUUACACCUGUGAAGUGAAAAAUUGCCCCCCAUACACAUAUACACACCUGCGUACACUUGUGAACGGAGAACGGUGAAAAAUCCAUUCACAGUCGAGUAGCCUACGAUUAGAACCAUUUACUGCAAAGUGAUAUCGAAGAGGAAAUCCAUUCGUUAAGGGUCCGAAACUCUUUUAGAAGCCCUUACGGAUGUGCUGUUUGGAACAUUUGUAUUGAAAAGUGUGUAACAUUUGUUGUUGAAAUGGAAAGUUUGACGUACAAUCUUCAAUCGAUAUCACCCACUCGGCAAGAUGGGAGUGUUGCACCGUUUGUUGCAGACGGCGCACGAUUGAAGUGAAGCAAUGUCCACGGAAAGGGAACUAACUCCCGGAUCAACGCAGCAAUUGCACCCGCUGUCCUACUCGGAUAUGGCCACACACAUUCAACUGAACGGAGUAAUAAUGGGCAAAUCGUUUAAUGAAUCACCAUGGACUUCUUCGCCGCCAAGGCCUCCAAGUCCGUCUCAGUCGCAGACCAGCUUCGAUACACUCUCACCACCACCAGCAGGUGCGACGGUCAACCCGACAACGGUGGCGACGACGACCGGAACGCAAGGUGCUCAGGCACUCGGUGUCGUACCGGCCACACCACCGGCCCCACCAGACCUACCGGUGUUCACAUGUCCGCGCCGGCCAAAUUUGGGCCGCGAAGGCCGGCCGAUUGUGCUGCGGGCGAACCACUUCCAGAUCACGAUGCCCCGGGGCUAUGUGCAUCACUACGACAUUAACAUCCAACCCGACAAGUGUCCCCGGAAGGUGAACCGCGAAAUCAUCGAAACGAUGGUGCACGCGUACAGCAAAAUGUUCGGCGCCCUCAAGCCGGUGUUCGACGGGCGUAACAAUUUGUACACGCGCGAUCUGCUACCGAUCGGUAACGAUCGCGUCGAGCUGGAGGUGACGUUGCCCGGCGAGGGCAAGGAUCGUGUGUUCCGCGUCACAAUCAAGUGGGUGGCCCAGGUGUCCUUGUUCAAUCUGGAGGAAGCGCUCGAGGGUCGCACCCGGCAGAUACCGUACGACGCUAUACUGGCGCUGGAUGUGGUGAUGCGCCAUCUGCCGAGCAUGACGUACACACCGGUCGGAAGAAGUUUCUUCAGUUCCCCGGAUGGUUACUAUCACCCUCUGGGUGGAGGCCGUGAGGUGUGGUUUGGUUUCCACCAGAGCGUCAGACCAUCGCAGUGGAAGAUGAUGCUAAACAUUGACGUGUCGGCUACCGCCUUCUACAAAGCACAACCGGUGAUCGAGUUCAUGUGCGAAGUGUUGGACAUCAGAGACAUCAACGAGCAGCGCAAACCGUUGACCGAUUCGCAGCGCGUCAAGUUUACGAAGGAAAUCAAGGGGCUUAAGAUCGAAAUUACCCACUGUGGUACGAUGCGACGAAAGUAUCGCGUCUGCAAUGUGACUCGACGACCCGCACAAAUGCAAUCGUUCCCGUUGCAGCUAGAGAACGGCCAAACGGUAGAGUGUACGGUGGCGAAAUACUUCCUUGACAAGUAUAAGAUGAAGCUGCGCUAUCCGCAUCUGCCCUGUCUGCAGGUGGGCCAGGAGCACAAACACACUUACCUCCCGCUGGAGGUAUGCAACAUUGUGGCCGGUCAGCGUUGCAUCAAGAAGCUGACGGAUAUGCAAACGUCUACCAUGAUCAAGGCGACUGCCCGUUCGGCUCCGGAUCGAGAGCGAGAAAUCAACAAUCUGGUGCGUCGGGCUGAUUUCAACAACGACGCGUAUGUGCAGGAGUUUGGUUUGACCAUCUCGAACAACAUGAUGGAGGUGCGAGGACGUGUGCUUCCGCCACCGAAGCUACAGUACGGAGGUCGCGUUUCCAGCAUGAGCGGACAAUUACUCUCCGGUCCACAGAAUAAGGUGAGCUUAGCAUUACCAAACCAAGGGGUUUGGGAUAUGCGAGGCAAACAAUUUUUCACUGGCGUCGAGAUUCGCGUAUGGGCUAUCGCCUGUUUCGCACCGCAGCGCACCGUACGGGAGGAUGCACUACGGAACUUUACCCAGCAAUUGCAGAAGAUUUCCAACGAUGCUGGUAUGCCGAUCAUUGGUCAGCCAUGCUUCUGCAAGUACGCCACCGGCCCGGAUCAGGUGGAGCCGAUGUUCAGAUAUCUGAAGAGCACCUUCAGUCACCUGCAGCUCGUCGUCGUGGUGCUGCCCGGCAAAACACCCGUUUAUGCGGAAGUGAAGCGAGUUGGUGACACGGUUCUCGGUAUGGCGACACAAUGUGUUCAGGCUAAAAAUGUCAACAAGACGUCACCACAGACACUGUCCAAUCUCUGCUUGAAGAUCAACGUGAAGCUGGGCGGUAUCAACUCGAUUCUGGUGCCAUCGAUCAGACCAAAGGUGUUCGACGAGCCAGUCAUUUUCCUUGGCGCCGAUGUAACACAUCCACCGGCCGGUGAUAACAAGAAACCCUCAAUAGCAGCAGUGGUCGGUUCGAUGGAUGCGCAUCCAUCGCGGUACGCGGCCACCGUCCGUGUACAGCAGCACCGUCAGGAAAUUAUUCAGGAGUUGAGUAGUAUGGUGCGGGAGCUGCUAAUUAUGUUCUACAAAUCGACCGGUGGUUUCAAGCCGCACCGCAUCAUACUGUACCGAGACGGUGUAUCGGAAGGUCAGUUCCCGCAUGUGCUUCAGCACGAGUUGACAGCGAUUCGUGAGGCGUGCAUAAAGCUGGAGGCAGACUACAAACCAGGCAUCACGUUCAUCGUGGUUCAGAAGCGGCACCACACGAGGCUAUUCUGUGCGGACAAGAAAGAGCAAAGUGGCAAAUCGGGCAACAUUCCAGCCGGUACGACCGUCGAUGUGGGCAUUACCCAUCCGACCGAGUUCGACUUUUACCUGUGCAGUCACCAGGGCAUUCAGGGCACGAGUCGUCCAUCCCAUUACCACGUGCUCUGGGAUGACAAUCACUUCGAGUCGGACGAGCUGCAGUGCCUAACGUAUCAACUGUGUCACACGUACGUGCGGUGUACUCGAUCCGUGUCCAUUCCAGCUCCUGCCUACUACGCACAUCUGGUGGCAUUUAGGGCGAGGUACCACUUGGUUGAGAAGGAGCACGAUUCUGGCGAAGGAUCCCAUCAGAGCGGUUGCUCCGAGGACAGAACGCCUGGUGCGAUGGCACGUGCCAUUACCGUACACGCCGAUACCAAAAAGGUUAUGUACUUUGCUUAAAUUGCCGCAACAGCUCACAAGACGACCAGACCGUGUCUGAGAAGGCGUGAAAGAGUGGAAAAACAAAUCAAAACACAAAUCGAACAACAUUCUAGCUUCCCCCCAAUUGUGUGCACCCUUGCAACCCCGUUCCUGCUGCGGUGAAAGCAGGUGCUGGCGAAAGAAUAGCAUCAGCAGUAGCAAUAACAAUGUGCAGCAGGAGCAGCACCAGGAUGUGCAGAUCGUCAAUCCAAUUCAAGUACUAUUUUUAUAUCCAGAUCUCGCCGAUUGAUAGGAGUUGUAAUGCCGCCAACUGAUGCUUUAAUUUUUGGACCAUAAUUCUUAAGCGUGAGUCGCGCUUUACCCAACGCCACCCAACAGUGAAAUAUGUGUGUAGCGAUCACGCACACAAACAGAAUCAAGCAAAUGAGUAAGGAGACACUAUAUGCUAAGUACAAUAGCGUUUUAUCAUUGCAUCACUUCUCAAAGAAAGGUGUCAUUUAUGAAUGGAAAAUCAGACAGAUGCAUACUGAACAUUUUUUUAAAUGCAACCCAUGGCGAUAUGGCAUGUAGCAGCAACACAGUGUUUUAGGUUAACAUUUAUUUUUAUAUACAUCUAAUUAUUAUUUUACAAUAGGUUACGAUAAAACCUUUUCUAUUCUUCCUUAAUUGUGCAGUACCAGUAGCAGCCAGCAGGUGAUGAGAACAAAUUUGAAUUCGGUUCGUGUAUAGUUACUUUCUCUUGACCUGAUAUUGUAUAAAAAAAAUGCAAAGGAUUUUUGUUUUUGCUCUGUCUUUGGUAAACCACAACCGCUACAAACAAUGUUUACAGUCAGUGCUGUUAGUGUAUGUAAUGUACGUAGUCUAUAAUAGUUUAGUACAAUUGAACUACAAGGGAUUUUUAUGUCUUAACGUAUGCGAGCUAUAGCGAUUACCGUGCAUCUCUGCAAUCAAAUGGCUAAAUGUGUAAUGUGUUAAGCACCUUAUUUCAGAUUAUGUUACGCAUUAUUUGCAAUAGAAUAAGCCAGAACAACGAUUGGAUUAUAUGAUUGGUUUCUUUUGCAGUUGGCUUGAGUUGAAACGGUUAGAUUUAGCAGUGAUGAGGUCGGUUGAUAAUUGGAUUAAGUAUUGCGGAGCAUGCUUCGCUAAUGUGUCCUCCAUUGCAUACGAUAGGUUCUGCUGUACACUGCUCAAAAGUGCAACAUUAGCCACGCGUUUGCGUUGGGCGUUGGUCUACUUCUCAGGCUGGGUCAUAGUGUUUAUUUGUCCUCUUCGCGAUCUCCGUCACUCAGUUUCAACACAGUUUAUAUCGCUCGCCCUACCGAAACAUUGCUUACACCGCUCAACAAAGUGAAUAAUGUUUGCAUACGCAUAAGUUAAUCUGCUUUUAAUACUAGCACAAGCUCUCACUACUUACAAGUAAGCCCCUUUUCUCACAAUCCCCACAUCAGCAUUACUGUUGUAAAUAGUUUCCAACUGUUCACGUUUGAGUUAGGCGCUUUUUUCUUGUAAUAAAUGCGGUCGUUUGAUUGGAUUGAAAUAUUUAUGGUUUGCCCUAUAUCUCUGAGACACGUUUCUAAACACACAGUCUGUCAGUGAGGGCGGUGCGCGGUUGUUUGCUCAAACAACAGCACACAGUUUAAUCGUGCCGGGAAUUCUUAAGAAGAUUUAACACAAUCAAACCAAACUGUUCAACACAUUUUACAUUUAAGGAUUGUCGCAUCAAGAAGACAUGUUUGUGCCGGGAUAAAAUCGAAUAAGCAACCUAUUUACGCCAACGAAAUUCAUCAAAAAACAUUAAACAAAUCUAGAAUUAGCGGAACUCUAAGAAAUGAAUGUGAACAUAGAUUCUUAACAAAACAAAAAAAAAAAACCAACCGAAAAUCACAAUACGUUGUCAGCUGCUAUGUACCAUUAGGUGGAAUAUUUAAAACAUGUAAAAAUUUUACAGGAACAUGGUAUGGUUGUCGUAAAACAGAACAACCCCUCUCGAAUGGAAGGAGGCAAUUUUAUCAAUGCAAAAUGUGUCAAAAGUACGAUGCCACGAUGCGAUAGCGAGGGUAGGGAGGUAGGGUUGAGGAUAUGUAGCAAUGUCCUGUAUGCAUCUACAGGAACGCAGGUUCAGCUCUAAAGCGUGCGAUGUAGACAGAUAUAUAGGGGUCUGUGCGGAUGUGUGCAGGUGCUGCUGCAGUAGAAAUCGGGCUGCUACACUUAAUCGUAUGAUACUUAUAGUAGGAAGGAACAAUUUGUUUUGUUUAUUUGUUUGUUUGCGAUCGAAUUCUAUCAUGAGCGAAUUAACCCACCCAGAGAACCCAAUAACAAUACACAAUAACCGACUGACCCUCCCCCCCCCCCCCCCCCCAUUUCAAGGCAUGUCGUAAGAAAAAGAGAAUCAAAAACAAAGUUUCCUUUACAGCAAAGUGUGUUAGCAUAUAUUGUUGUAGUCGAUCGCAUGAAGGUUUCAGUAAAUGUUCCGGUACGGGAAGCUAAAUCAAAUAGCGCGAACCAAAUUGAACCGUAGCAACAUGGCCACAUCUGCCAGAGUUGUUGGUGUAAGGGCACGUGUGUGAGUGUGUUUCAACGGAAGGUGAAUCAAGAUACAUUCGUUUGAACCAACACCACCACCCUGUGAAAUAGAUUUAGAGCAAUGUGCAAAGAAAAAAAAAACAAAACAAACUCAAAUCAAGUCUCUUAGCAUUAUCAGCAUCCACUUUCGCCGGAUCGGUUAAUUUAGUGUUUACCCUUGCCCCGAACCAUUUUGCUUUCUCAUUGAAAUUCGUGUUUCAAGCUGUUGUAGGAUUAAUAUGUUGGCAAAACGAGCAACACAAAAAGGAAGUAAAUAACAAAUCACAUGUAGACAAACUAUUUAUCACAAAGACAACACCGUGUAAUGUGUGUGAGGGCAGCGCAGUGAAGGAUUUUAAUAAUGGCAACAUUUUUGUGGUGUGACACGGUGCAAGAUGUUAGUCAAGAUUUGCUCGUCGCGAUAGGAUUGCGUGGCUUCCUUAUUUAACUUUAUUCAAGCCAAGAGAGAGAGGAGAACGCGAACGGGAAUAUAAUGAUUCUUAUAUGAAGCGGAUGGUUAGGGUUUUGUUUCCCGAUAGUGGAAAUAGAAUAUCAGAUCAGGUGGCGCGCGGAUGUACGAUGAUGGAUGGUAUCGAUGUGUAUGGUGUGUCAGUCACAGGCCACUAUCAUCAGUACCGCAUCCAUGAAACAAACCAGACAUAUUAGUAAGGCGGUCAAAGUGCCACCAAUAAGAUGAAACUUGAGUCCGGGAAUUAGAUUGUAAGGUUUAAUAAAACAAAAGGAAGUACUUUAUUACAAAACAAAAUACCCAUUAAUGGCGACCACCAAAUUGCGACGUUCUUCUGCAAAACGGGGACGAGCGCUCGAUGAGAUCAACAGAAGAAAGCUACACAGGAACACAAACACUAACACUUUACGAACGAUUUAUACAAGCUGACGCGCAUCUUCGAUAGGUAGCGGUGUGUAAACAACAAAGGAACGCCAACAAAAUUAGGAUGUAUGUGCUCUUUUUUUCUCCUUAAUUUAUUAAGCAACACACAACCACCACAACACAAGCGCAACUGAGAAAGGUUUCUCCAAAAAUACACAAAAAAUCUAAAAAACUCACCUACGUAUAGGUUAUAUACUGAUGUUGUUUUAAAAUCCAUGGGCGGCUGGUUUCCUUUUGUGGAAAGGCGUGUAAGAAAUGCUAGUAAGGAACGGUUGCUUGAAUGUUUUAGCUUGUAAUUACAACGGAGCACAAGUCGGUCGGUCGGUUUUCGCGUAUCGUAGCGUCACAGUAUACAGUUCACACUCCCCACAUGGAAGGUCCUGGUGAACUUUUACUACGCCAAGUGCUUUUGGUGCAGCAGCAGAAGGGCCGAAGACCCAUUCUUUAUCUCUUGUUUGCUGAACAAAAAAACACACAAAAUGGAAAACGAGUGAGAAUGACCAAACAUAAAUAGUGGGAAAGAAUGUUGUACCGAACGUAAACUGGAGAAGCACAUCGGAUGCAUAACGUGACAAAUGAAACCAACACACAACACAGUGACCAAACACACAAAAAAACGCAGACGCUGAAUGUACGGGGGGCCGUAAAGAAUGGUAACAAAUAACUAUAUUCAACUUAUACAAGGGAUUUAUAACAUAUUAAGGUAGUCAAAAGGAGGAGGGAAGUAAAAAGGGAAGAAAAAGCCAGAAAUCCAAUUAAUGGUAAAGCAGCGGAGCGUAACGAGCGGCAGCGAAACAACAUUAAAAAGCAAAAUUGUAUUUUAGAUAAAAAAGCAACCUAAAAUCAUGAAAAAAGAGAAAUCUUUCUAAAACUCCCCGCCCCCCCACGGGAGGGUGGUUUAAGGCAAAUUAGCAAGUAAGAAGCAACCACAACAACAACAACAAAGCAUAAACUUUAUUGAUGAAUGGA